AUGAAGACAAACUACUUGCUAGAUGAUUUGCGUUCUCUUGGAGGCUAUUUGGAGAGACAAAAUACAAUUCAACAGAUGAAAGAUGCUUCUAGCACACCUAUAUCUAAACUCAGACCUGCAGUUUUAUUGCCCGACAACCCAAAGUUCAUUCUCCUGGACUUCAUUGGAGAUUUUGAUGAAGAAGUUGAAUUUGGAAGGAAUUUGCUUCCUAUUAAUGCGGACGUGUGGGAAUUCACUGGAUUUCUGAUGCCUUUUGAAGAUGAAACUAGAGAUAAUAUUACCUUCGACUUGGAUUUUGGAGAUCAGUCUAAGGAGGAAUCCAACACCACCAUAUAUUUAGAUCCCUUUGAUAUAGAUCCAAGUGUUAUAGAAACAUCUACUCCCGGGCCCCGCACACCCAUCUCCACUCCCGAGACAGUACCAGCUGAAGGGCCAAAGAAGAGGAGAUUUGCACUUAUUGAAGAUUCAGAAAUGGUUUUAGGUGACGAAGAUUACAUUGAGUUUAUCAAAAACUACGAACCUUUGAUGAAAAUUGGUAUGUUAAAGUUCAGACGGCCCAAAGUGUCUCAUUUUGAGCAACAAUUUCAUGGAGCUGAAGAUCUCCUAUUUCCAACAACCCCGCAGACUCCUGAAGUUGCUAGACAUGUUCAUGAUACCACAAAUGCUGGCAUUUCUGGUUUAGUGUCUGGGUACAAUACUGAUAACGAAUUCACAUACGAAGACACUGACGUCUUUGAUCUUUCGUUUCCCGAAAUCAACAUCAGUGAGGUUCGUUCCAGCUCCCAAGGAAACAUCGUCGUACCCUCGCUCGAAGAUAUAAGCCAUUCAAGAGAACUAAGUAAUGAGACACGACGGUUCUAUAAUCAUCUUCUUAAUGUCGAUAGAGACUCCUUGGGUGUCUCUCCUUAUGAGGGAAAGAGAAUCUCAUUUUCCAGCGUGUGUCCUACGAGGUGCCCUAAAUCUUUGGUUGCGAAAAGUCUAUUCAGUAUUCUCGAAUUGGCUACCAAUCUGGUUAUUGGUAUUGAAUGCCCUAGUAGUCUAAACCUUUCCGCUACCAACAUAAUCACAGUGGUGAUUGAGCAGGUGAUGUGA